AUGUCUGGACGUGGCAAGGGCGGAAAGGGCUUAGGAAAGGGUGGUGCUAAGCGCCACCGUAAGGUGUUGCGUGACAACAUCCAGGGCAUCACCAAGCCCGCCAUCCGCCGCCUGGCGCGGCGCGGCGGUGUCAAGCGCAUUUCCGGCCUUAUCUAUGAGGAGACGCGCGGGGUGCUGAAGGUCUUCCUGGAGAAUGUGAUCCGUGACGCCGUUACUUACACGGAGCACGCCAAGCGGAAGACGGUCACGGCCAUGGACGUGGUCUACGCGCUCAAGCGCCAGGGCCGCACGCUGUACGGCUUCGGCGGCUGA